AUGGGAUGCAAUUGCUCUAAAGGAACAGGAGCAAAUGAUACGGUCGACAACAACAAUGUGAAGGAGACAAGAAGCAAACGUAAUAAUAAAACCUCCAAGAAGAAGAAGAAAAGCUCUGCUUCAUCGAGCAAAGUCAAUGUAGGAUCCGAGGAAAGGCCAGGCUUUGUUGAUGGCAAUAACAAAGAAGCCACCUUCAAGUUUUUAAUACCUCUUGAUGCAAUGAACAAUAUUUCUUCAACUCCCAAAUCAUGUGAUGAAACGGAUAAGAAGGUGAAUCUCGAGAGAAAAUCUUCGAGAUCGAUUUUCCAGAGACGACCCACCAGUGAGAUGACUACCUUAGGGACAUUGCAACAACCUAAGAUAACUAGAAUAAGCAGUGUUAGUAAUGGAGAAAGAGGUGCUCAGGUUAUGGCUGGUUGGCCUACUUGGUUAGCUGCAGUUGCUGGAGAAGCUAUCAAUGGAUGGAUUCCACGCAAGGCAGAUUCGUUCGAAAAGCUCGAAAAGAUUGGACAAGGGACGUAUAGCAGUGUGUACAAAGCCCGUGACUUAGAGACGAACCAACUAGUUGCGCUGAAGAAAGUGCGGUUUGCGAAUAUGGAUCCCGAGAGUGUUCGGUUCAUGGCGAGGGAAAUAAUCAUCCUUCGUAGGCUUGACCACCCCAAUGUGAUGAAGCUUGAGGGUUUGAUCACUUCAAGGGUUUCAGGGAGUAUGUAUCUUAUAUUUGAAUAUAUGGAACAUGAUCUUGCAGGCCUUGCUUCAACACCUGGGGUUAAGUUCUCUGAGGCACAGAUUAAAUGCUAUAUGAAACAGUUGCUACAUGGUCUAGAACACUGUCAUAGUAGAGGCGUGUUGCAUCGUGACAUCAAGGGAUCUAAUCUGCUUCUUGACCAUAACAACAAUCUCAAAAUUGGAGAUUUCGGUCUUGCCAAUUUUUAUGGGGCCCAACAGAAACAGCCUCUCACUAGCCGUGUUGUAACUUUGUGGUACCGUCCACCUGAACUCCUUCUUGGUUCUACAGACUAUGAAGUAACCGUGGAUCUGUGGAGCACGGGAUGCAUUCUAGCUGAACUCUUUAAUGGGAAGCCUAUCAUGCCUGGAAGAACAGAGGUAGAACAGCUACACAAGAUCUUCAAACUCUGUGGAUCACCUUCUGAAGAGUAUUGGAAAAGAUCAAAAUUGCCACAUGCGACCAUCUUUAAACCUCAACAUCCCUACAAACGGUGUGUAGCUGAUACAUUUAAGAGUCUUCCAUCUUCAGCUUUGGCCUUAGUUGAGGUUCUUUUAGCUGUAGAACCAGAUACCCGGGGAACAACGGCUUCUGCACUUCAAAGCGAGUUCUUUACGACAAAGCCUUUUGCAAGCGACCCAUCAAGUUUACCGAAGUACCAACCGAGAAAGGAAAUUGAUGUGAAGCUUCGAGAGGAGGAAGCAAAGAGAAAGAAAGGCACGAGCAGUAAACAGAAUGAGUCGAAACAAGUAUCUAAAGCUGUGCCGGCUCCAGAUGCCAAUGCUGAAUUACUGGCAUCAGUACAAAAACGUCAAGGGCAGAAUAACCAGAUAAGCAUGAGUGAAAAUUUCAAUCCUGGCGAAGAUGCAGCUAGCGUCCGAGUCGAACCACUGAAGAGUGGAACAGCACAAAAUGGUUACACUCGUUAUGGCAUGUCCUCGGUUAAUAGAAAUGGGGAGAGUGUUAUGAUUGGUUCGAGUCGGUCUCCUCCUAGAAGAGAACUGAGGACACAACGGUCCUUUGUCCAACGCGGAUCAGCUCAAUUGUCGAGAUUCUCAAACUCAGUAGCUGCUAGAGAUGGAUCACAUUUCGCCAUAGCAAAUCCACGGUGGCUUGAAGAUAGUUAUCACAAUAACAACGGAAGGCAUAAUGAUGGUGAUUGGUCCCAACGUUUGAUGGUUAGACCCAGAGAAUCUACAAAAGCCAAAGAAUCUACAUCGAGUUACGGUGAAAAGACAGAGAGAGUGAACUACUCAGGGCCGUUGGUUUCAGCAGGAGGAAAAUUAGAUGAAAUGUUGAAAGAACAUGAAAGACAGAUUCAGGUAGCUGUUCGCAAAGCUAAGAAGACGAAUAGAGACGAUAAAGGACAGACUCAAGCGUCUCUUGCUGCAAAUGGCAGGUGA